GUAGGCCUGGAUACAUAGUUACACGUAGAUUGCGAAAGGUGAUGCCAAACUCUGCGAAAUUUUAUCCCACUCCUUCUCACGGCUCUCCUUCUCCUUUAUACGGCAAAGCUUUAGCCGAUGAACAAUACACGGUUUAUGAUUUCGUCGAUACCAUAAAUUCGUCAGUUCUGGACGGCGAUUGUGUUGGGGUUGUUUCUCAAGCAAGGGAAAAAAAAAGCAAGGAAAUCCAAGGAAGUUUUUAUUGUUGUUGUUGAUUACACUUUCCAAUUCAGUGGAUGUCCCGGAUAAAUUAAAAGAGGGUUUAACCUCGAAUUUCAGUAGCUAAUGAGGUAGAUGGAAAUAAAUGCUGCAGAGUAGAUAUAAAACUUCGUUAAAAGUAAUCCUGCGAUUUUCAAUUUGGGCAUGAAGUCGUCAACACGGACAUCGAUCGAGUUACCCGACGUUGUGUGUUCUUCAACUCCAAAGAAAAGCACUCUUCAUUGGCCUCGGAAUGAGCGAUACAAAUGGCUUACCGCUCUUAUGCUUUCGGCAGCCCUUGUGGACAUCACUAGACUUUCUAUGUCUCUGUGUAUCGUAUCGAUUGCCAAAGAAUUGGACUGGGAUAAGUUAGAAUCGGGACUGGUGUUAUCUUCAUUCUUUUGGGGAUACUUUGUCACCCAGUUACCUGGAGGAUUUUUGAGUGACUUGUAUGGCGGGGAAAUAGUCUUAGCCUGGGCAGUGCUUGGAUUUGCUGUCAGCAUGAUUGGAAUCCCUUUAGCAGUCAACUCAACUCCAUUACUUUAUUACUCCCCACCUGUUUUAUUGGUGGUGGUUCUUAGAGUCUGCUUAGGAUUUUCCCAGGGAGUUUUUUUUCCGUCAAUUGGGAGCCUGCUAGGGAAGUACCUACCGCUUAGUGAGAGCAGUUUUGGUUUGUCACUGGUAUGUGCUGGUGGACCUAUAGGGUCCCUCUUAGCUGGCAGUAUUGGUUCUGUCAUGGUGACCUAUCUUGGCUGGAGAUGGGUCUUCGUGAGCUUUGGGUGUCUAGCUAUCUUGUGGGUCCUAAUUUGGCGACAGUUUUUCCUGCACAAAAAGGCUUCUGGUGUAGAUCGGCUCUGUUUAGAGAAGAAAUUUGAAAGUAUAGAGAAGAGAACUUCAAAGAGAGCUUCGGAUACUAUAGUGCCAUGGGGGAAGCUUAUUAGACAGCCAGGGAUCUGGGCUAUAAUGGUGGUCCACUUUUGUCACAAUUGCAUGUAUCUGAACUUAUCGUCAUGGUUACCUACCUAUUUCCAUGAGAGCUUCCCAGAUGCACAGAACUGGAUUUUUAAUGUGAUACCAUAUCUUGGUAAUCUCUUCGGCAAGGUCAUAGGAGGCCAUUUGGCAGACACCUUAAUAAGAGCAGAUUUUUCUCUUACAUUCGUAAGGAAGUUGUUCGAGACUCUAGGUACGGGCGGUGCAGCCUUUGCGUUGCUUCUAGCUAUGUACGUCAACGAGUUCUGGCAGGCUCUAUUCUGUAUGACACUGGCAUUCAGUAUGGCGGGCAUGUCAACCAGCGGAUCGAUUUGCAAUAUUCAGGACUUGUCUCCAACCUUUGCUGGAUCCAUAGCAGGGCUUGUGUACACAGUCACUUCAGUGCCUGGGAUACUUGGUGUUUAUCUCACGGGGUACAUUCUCCAUGCUACUGGUAGCUGGCAAGUUGUAUUUCAAAUCACUGCUGUAAUAUGCUCCGUUGGAAGCCUUUUCUAUAUCAUGUUCGGUACAACCAAACGAAUAGCUUAGUCAAUUAGAAUUAUUUAUUAAA